AUGGUUCGAGUGUCUACUCUUGUGGGGGCAGCCGCUUCCGUGGUUCUUUGCCUGUCUGCGGGCGCGUACGCAGCCGGCGGUGAAGACAGUCCAGCUCAAAGAUUCGACCCUUCAACUCUCCUCGGACCUCUAGGGAGCAGCGAGGGAGAGGAGUUUGCAAUUGGGAAGUCGGUUGAGUUUGACCUGCUGGGCACGCGGUACACGGUGACUAGGUCCCCUGAGUCUCCUGACGUACUAACUAUCACGGCUCGAGCACCUGAUGGCACGGUGAGCGAUGUCGGCUCAGUGAGCCUAGCAGAAGUUGUGGAUACUCUUCAUCACAUGCGCAGAGACGAGCAGAUUUUGACAGCGGCGUUGAGGAAGGGAGAGACUCUCGAGCAGGCCAUAGGAGACGUUGCAGAAGCAGAGGGAUUUACUCCUGAAGAAACUACGCAAUUGGAAGAGGCAGCCGCCGCUGCGCUAACUAUCGGCAGAGACGAGGCACAAGUUCUUUUGGACGCGGAAAAGUUGGAGGAGGAUAGACAAAAGCUUGCGGAAGAUAUCAAGUUUCUCCGGGGGGGCAGUAAUGAAUGA